AUGGUGUUGGUGGAUAGAGGCGGGUUAUGGUAUAGGGUUUUGGUAGCGCGGUGGCUUGGUGAUGUUCCUUUUUGUAUCAGGUUGCGUCGCCUAUUUGACUUAGCGUCUAAUAAGCUGAGCACAGUAGCUAAUAUGGUUGCCCUUGGUGGGGAGGUUGACGGAGAGGCGUGGGGCUGGAGGCGUAGGUUGAGGGUGUGGGAGGAGGAGAUGCUAGAGGAGUGUUUUGGUGGAGUAUUGCGCAACCAUUCCGACACCUACAUAUCAGGCUUUUCAGGUUAUAUAAACAGCCCUUCAGACAUUCUGUUCGCGGAACUUAUGGCCCUUUAUCAAGGAUUAAGGUUAGCUAUCAACUUAAAUUUUGAGGAAGUGGCCUGCUAUUCAGAUUCUCUCCUCACCGUCAAUCUCAUCAAGCAAGAUAUCUGUCAGUACCAUGUUUACGCGGUUAUCAUUCAAAACAUCAAAGACCUACCAAGCUCUAGAAAUUUCUCUCUUGAACAUUCGCUUAGAGAAGGUAACCAAUGCGCGAAUUAUAUGGCCAAAUUUGGAGCUUCGACUGAUGUUGCUUUCACGGUUCACUCUUCGCCUCCGGAGUUACUUAUUCCUCUGUUGAGAACAGAUGAGAUAGGUUCUAUUUUUAUUAGGCGCUAG